GAGACCUGCAAUUAUCAUUUAUCAACUUAUCUACUAUCUAAAUUCUAGCGUAUAACCGCGGACAUAGACAAACAGACAACUGUAAACAUCUAAAAAUUUGUAUAGAAUUUAAUUUAAAUCUUUCUACUUUCAAUACCCGUAAUAUGUCGGAUAAAGUGUCCAAGAAAAAAAAGAUAUUAUCACAAAAAGAUUAUCUAAAAAAGUACCUUGCCGGUGGGAAAAAGAAAAAGAAAAAUGUAAAAGUUCAGAAAAGAGUACAAAUAAUUGAUGACAAUAUCGAUUGUGUCAAUGAAGAAAAUGGAACAUUUGAUGGAGACAAUAAUAUAGCCGGAUUUGAUCCAGCCGAUGAAUUUGCACCUCAGAUUGUUGGUGUUGUCGAUGAAAGACCUCAAGAUAUCAAAACAUUGGACUUGUAUAAAAACAAAAACCGUUGGAAACGAGUAGGUGAGGAUAGUGAUGUUGAAGAAGAAUCUACAAAAAUUGAUGUGGAUCAAGUUCAAAAAUAUGUUCAACAAAUCAAUAAGUCUACUUUAAAUGAACUGUUAAAAAAUAAAAAGAAUGAUGAUGAAAUCAUAGAAAAUGGUCUGCCCAUUAGGCGAGAUAGAAAAACUGGAAAAAAACGAGACCUUGAAAAAGAAAAGAAAGAGCAAGAGAAAAAAGAUGAAAAAUUAAAAGAACAUAAAGAAAAAUAUGCUGUUUGGGGAAGAGGUGUAAAGCAAGUGAAAGACGCUCAUGAGCAACACGAAUCGGAUAUGCAUGAAAUGCAAAAACCGUUGGCUAGGUAUGCCGAUGAUCAAGAUCUGGAGGACUUGUUAAAGUCGAAAGUGAGAGAUGGUGACCCUAUGCUGGACUAUAUUAGGAAUAAUAAAGCAGAUGCUGAUGAUGAUGUCUCGCCAGAUGGCGUAAGACAUGAAAUAAGAGUUUUCCGUGGAUUCUGUCCCCCUAAUAGAUUUGGUAUUCAACCGGGUCAUAAGUGGGAUGGAGUUGAUAGAUCAAAUGGUUACGAAGCCAAAUAUUUAUUACAACUAAAUUCUAAAAAGGCAUUAGAGGAUGAAGCGUAUAAAUGGAGUUGUUCCGAUUUAUAAAUUGGAAAUAUAUUUAAGCAUAAAUUUUAUGUUAAUUUUAAUAACUUUUGAUGUUUUGUGAUAAAGUGUACAUAAACAUGAAGUAAACAUUUAUUUAGUCCUGAAUUGUAAAAUUAUAAAAAUAAAUUUGCAAAACUAUUGAAGGAA